AUGGCAGAAGCAGGAGCACUUCCGUUUGAUUUACUAGCGAUUCAAAGUAUGGCCCGAGUAGCCAUCCGUAUGUUAGUGAAAAACCACGGUAAUACAGAUCUCCCAAUCGUCCAUAGAACAUCUGAAAUGCUAGUCGAGCCUACUGGGUUGCCACUACCAGCUAUCAGUCUACGAACACGCCUCACAGACCGGUCGUGGUAUAAUCACAAACCUGACGUACGAUGGGAAAUCAAGAGCAUUGUAAAAGCUGGUGACCCACCGGAAAUAGUAUGCCCGAUCGUCCAAGAGUUUUUGCAUAAUUAUGGUAAUCACCAUAGAAUUGUAUAUACCGACGGAUCAAAAAGUAACGAAGGAGUAGGAGCAGGAAUAUACAACGAAAAUCAAAUGUUGUCGAUCGGACUACCGCAGCAAUGCAGUGUGUUUUCAGCGGAGGCGUUUGCCAUCAAGUCUGCAAUCACCUCCAAUGCCAACUGUAACCAACUUCUUAUACUGUUAGAUUCCGCCAGCUAUUUACUGGCCAUUGAAACUGGAAAAUCCCAGCAUCCGUGGAUACAAGAUAUCGAAAAUCUAAUGCGAAAUCGUAGAAUACAAUUAUGUUGGAUUCCUGGCCACGCCGGUAUUCAUGGCAAUGAAGAAGCAGACCGUCUUGCUGGCGAAGCAGGUAGGAGUAACGCACGCCUAAACAUCGCAAUUCCAGGGGAAGAUGCUGUUAAAAGUAUAAAAGCAGAAAAUCGUCAUCAGUGGGAAAUUCGAUGGGCUCAAUCAACGGAAGUUAAACUACGCGAAAUCAAAUCAGACACAACAAAAUGGCCUGACUGUGAAAACACCCUCGACCAACGAGUACUUACUAGGCUACGUAUCGGCCAUACAAGGCUAACUCACGAAUUCCUUCUGAAAAAAUCAUCUCCACCAAUGUGUGAAUGCUGCGGAACGGUCAUAGACGUACGGCACAUUAUCCUGCAUUGCAGGAAAUUCGACGACGCACGAAAGAAAUACAAAAUCGAAUCGAACAGUUUACGGACUGCUUUGUGCAACGAUAGUGAAAGUGAAAAACAAUUAAUGAACUACCUCAAAGAAACAAAUGUAUACAAAAAACUGUAA